GUACACUUGGUGGGGGAAGUUUGUCUUCGUUGUUGUUGUUGGAGAGAUACACUGAAAAAAUCUGUGGACCUUUGAUCAAUGGGCGAGUCAAUUCGAUUCGUUUCAGUACAAUGGCGGAUACUGGCACCGAUCAUCAUCGCUUUACUUUUAUAUAUUCCGAUUAUUGUCUCGGGAAGUUUCUUUAAACCGUUCAACGUCAGCUACGACCACCGGGCUCUAAUCAUCGCCGGUAAGAGGCGUAUGCUCGUAUCCGCUGGAAUUCACUACCCUCGAGCCACUCAUCAAAUGUGGUCUGAUCUCAUUGAAAAGAGUAAAGAAGGUGGAGCUGAUGUGAUUCAAACUUAUGUGUUUUGGAACGGGCAUGAGCCUGUCAAGGGUCAGGUGGAAGAAGCUGUAAAGCAUGAUGAGAAUGGAAAUCCUGUAAAACGAUUUAGGAGAAGGGAAACUUUAGUGCAUUCAGAAAGUAUUGCCGGAAGAAGCUUUUGGAAUGAGCACUCCUCUCUUCAUAAGGAUCUUGGACAUUUUGCGCAAGACAUUGGCAAAAUUGACCCGGAUUAUGUUAAGUCGUUUCAGUUUGAGAAUAGAUUAGUACCUUUAACUUGGGUUGUGGUUAGGAUUGAUGGCUGCCAUUUUCACAGAUUCUCUGAAGUUCAUGAAUUUGAGAAGCCAAAUGAUGAGCAAGCUCUGAAACUUAUGAAUUCGUGUGCAGUGGCUGUUCUUGAGGAGUUUCAGGAUAUUGUCUUUGCCUAUGGUGUUAGUGAUGAGUACAGCUUUGUUCUGAGUAAGGAAUCUGAGCUUUACAAAAGACAGUCCAGUAAGAUAGUAUCUGCAAUUGUAUCCUUCUUUACGUCUACAUACGUGAUAAGAUGGGAAGAUUUCUUCCCUCACAAAGAAUUGAAGUAUCCUCCGUCAUUUGAUGGACGAGCUGUAUGCUAUCCAACAUCAGAGAUUCUCCUGGAUUACCUAGCUUGGAGACAAGUCGACUGCCACAUCAAUAAUCAGUACAAUACAUGUUUCUGGAUGCUUGUUAAGUCUGGAAAAAGCAAAACUCAAGCCCAAGAUUACUUAAAGGGUACCCAAACACGAGAAAAAAACGAGUUACUUAGCCAGCAAUUUGGAAUUGAGUACAAUUCAUUACCUUUAGUCUUCCGCAUGGGUUCUUCUGUUUUCCGCCUAAAGGAACGUGUAACAGAGGAGAAUGGAGAAGUUUCAGGCAAGCAAGUGGAAGAAGAAGUGGUCAUAGACCAUUCUAACAUUAUCGACCAAUGUUUCUGGCAACAACGUCCUCACAUUCUUAGCUCCUAAAACAGGUAUUCAUUCGUAGUUUGGUACCAAAAAGAGAUAACCGAAUCAGAUUCAGGUCUUAUUGUCAUAAACCAAAGCUGAAUUAGAACCAAAAAAAAAUAAAAAGUAUUGAACCGAAUGGUCUACUUUUUUUUUUGAAUACUCUUACUAUAUGUUUCCAUUAUUCAACAAUUGUAUCUAUACAUUAUCCUAAUUU